AUGACCCUCACUUCCACUCCCAAACUUUUCCAGCCUCUCAAGGUCGGCAACGUCCAGCUCUCGCACCGUGUCGUUUUUGCACCUUCGACGCGUCUGCGCAAUAACAAGCAGCACGCUGCUCUACCGAUAUCUAAAGAGUACUACCGCCAGCGCUCAGGUGUGCCCGGAAGUCUUAUCAUACACGAAGGCACCGCCAUUUCAGCCAAUGCGUGCGGCUUCGGUCACGCUCCCGGUAUAUGGACCGACGAGCAAGUGGCAGCGCUGAAAGAGGUGGUCGAGGGAGUUCAUGCGCAAGGCAGCCACAUAUUCCUGCAAAUAGUCGCUGCUGGAUUUUCGUCUCGCUUGCAUUUCCUCCUCGAGGACGACCCGACAGCCGAGUACGUUGGUGCAUCAGACAUCCCACUCAAGGGCCACGAGAACGAUCCUCAUCCUCGGCCUCUCACCGUCGACGAGAUCCAUGAAUAUGCAGAGUGGUUCGCGCAGGCCGCGCGCAACGCCGUCUUUGGCGCUGGCUUUGACGGAGUUGAGAUCCAUGGCGCACACGGGUAUCUCAUCGAGCAGUUCCUCUCGGACCGCUCGAACAACCGCACAGACGAGUACGGCGGUAGCAUCGAGAACCGCGCGCGCUUCGCGCUCGAGGUCACCGAGGCCGUUGUCAAAGCUGUUGGCGAAGAGCGCACGGGCUUUCGAAUCAGUCCGUGGAGCCCUUACCAAGACAUCAACAUGCCUGACCCCAAGCCUACAUUCGGAUACCUAGCGACGCAGCUUCGUGACCGCUACCCUCGCUUCGCGUACCUGCAUGUCGUCGAGCCCGGCGCGUCUGCAGCGUUCGUGGCUGAUCCAAGUAAAUACGACAAUGACGCCUCCAACGACUUCCUACGCAAGAUCUGGGAUCCCAAGACGCGUCCCUUUAUCUCUGCUGGUGGAUAUACCCGCGAGACAGCUAUCGCGGCUGCCGAGGAGAAAGGGGAUUUGAUUGCUUUCUCUAAACUCUACAUCGCUAAUCCGGAUCUUCCACGACGGUUGAUGGAGGACGCACAGCUGACUACGGCGGACGAAACGACCUUUUACGCUCCUGGGUCGGAGGAUGCGAAGGGUUAUACAGACUACCCCUUCAUGUCUGCGAUCUCCGCCUAG